UUCCGGGAGUUGUUGAUUUGUCAGCUGUUGGUCGGUUGGUCGCUGGUUAUCUGUCAGGUGUAGAUACCAGUGAAACUAACAGGAAGAAUUUGUACAGAAUUGGUUUUUUUUUAUCUAAUAUUCAACAGCGUGGUUAUUACAAUACAAAACGGACCGUUUUUUCUUCUUUUUUUUUUUUACUGUAAACAUAUUUUGAUAUAAAGUGUUGUUUAGCUGUCUUAACCCGGUGUCACUGAAAUGAUGCAACAUGGCAGCAACUCAUCUCAAUAGGUGUUUUCUCUCAGCGCUAAGGAGACAUAAUCGGUGUCAGGACCGUGGACUUAACUCUUUGGCAGAGAGGAAAGUCAGCCGGGUGUCCUCUGUUGUGAUAUGUAACCACAGGGGAGCCGAGGGGAACGCAAGCCUGGACAGGGGACCCUCGGUGGAGUGGGACAGAAACAGUGGUCGGGACAACAGCAGCUCUCCUCUGUUAAAGUCAGUCUCGGUGGGUUUGGGACUCUGUGGUGCGGCACUUGUGGACAGCCAAAAAGAGGAAAAAGUGAAGAACGGAAGAGUCUCGAUUUCCGGGCGGCUUCUUAACCUAAUUAUCCCAUCAGCUCAGUGUGCGUCUCCCUUUAAACCUGAUAGUCCUCGGUAUAAAUACAACUUUAUUGCAGAUGUGGUCGAAAAGUCCACUCCAGCUGUCGUGUACAUUGAAAUCGUAGGCAGACACCCAUUUUCAGGAAGAGAAGUCCCAGUGUCAAAUGGCUCCGGUUUCAUCAUAAGUAGUGAUGGUCUCAUUGUCACCAAUGCUCAUGUUGUGGCUAACAAGAGAGGCGUCCGCGUGAAGCUCACCAACGGAGAGAUGUACAAUGCCACUGUGCAAGAUGUUGAUCCAGUGGCAGACAUUGCCACCAUCAAAAUUACUGCGAGGAAUCCUUUACCCACACUUACCCUUGGUCAGUCGUCUGAUGUUCGACAAGGAGAGUUUGUGGUUGCCAUGGGAAGCCCGUUUGCAUUACGGAAUACAAUCACGUCAGGAAUCAUCAGCUCAGUACAGAGAGGCAGUAAGGAGCUGGGCCUGUCCAACUCCAACAUGGAGUACAUCCAGACUGAUGCAGCCAUUGAUUUUGGAAAUUCUGGAGGUCCCCUGAUUAACUUGGAUGGUGAAGUCAUUGGUAUAAACACCAUGAAGGUCACUGCAGGAAUCUCCUUUGCUAUUCCAUCCGAUCGCCUGAGACUUUUCCUUGAUCAAGCAGCAAAAAAAAAGAGUACUUGGUUUGGUGAAUCAAAGACGAAGCAGCGGUACAUUGGUGUAAUGAUGCUGACACUGACGCCGAGUAUCAUUGCAGAGUUGAAGUUAAGAGACUCCUCCUUCCCAGACGUGACACAUGGCAUCUUAAUUCACAGAGUGAUCAUGGGCUCCCCAGCCAACAGAGCGGGGAUGAUACCAGGAGACAUCGUGUUGGAGAUUAACGGAGUGAAGGUGAAAACCUCAGAGGAGAUCUACCAGGCCGUCCGCAGCAGCGACAAAAUCACCAUGGUGGUGCAGAGAGGAGACGAGUUGCUUCGACUGCAAAUGACUCCAGAGUGUACAGAGUGACACUAUUACCACACAAUUUAAUUUGUUGACUUCAAGUUAAGCUGAGGAACAGACGGCCACAUGAUUAGUCUGUGUCUUAAUGUAUGAGUUUGACCUCCAGUAUUUGAUCACUUGUUAAAUGUUUUGUUGAUACUGCAAAGAACAUUACAGCGACAAGACUGCAGUGUCAGAAUAAAUGAAAAAUUAAACUGUGUUUUCUACCUCUA